UUCAGCGUUAGUUCCCACCUCGACCGGCACCAAAAAAUCCACGCGGCCGAACGGGCGUCUUACCGUUGCCCCGAACAUCUCGCCGGUUUUUUGGCCGCUCAUCGGCACGGUCGGCUCUUCCAAUGCGCUCAAUGCGGGCGAUGUUUCGGUCAAGGCGCCGCGUUGAUCAAACAUCAACGUGCUCACGGCGCCGGAGGAACCGGAGGGCAACAAUCAAAAUGUCCGGAUUGCGGCAAAAACCGAGGAGACGCCAUUGGAUGCGGGAAGGGUUUUGGGCAACGUUCGGCGCUGGUGAAACACCGGCGGAUUCAUACCGGUGAGAAACCUUACGCUUGCGGGGAUUGCGGGAAGGGUUUUAUCCAAAAAUCGGACUUGACCAUCCAUCGCCGGAUGCAUACGGGGGAAAAACCGUACCGGUGCGGCGAAUGCGGGAAAUGUUUUAGCGUUUCGUCCAAUCUCAUCACUCAUCAACGUACUCAUCUCGGCGAAAAACCCUACCAAUGCCCCGAAUGCGGCAAAAGUUUCAUC